UCUGCUGUACAGUAUUAUGCUGGCCCUGCUAGGCAGAAGUAAAUCAGGUUGAGCCAAUUGGGUGUACAAGCUGCCACACUUGUCUCACUAGCCAUUACUACACUUAUUUGGCAUCGGUCCUUUGUCGGAUGCCUCGAUGGCCAAAUGUUUUCGUUAGUCAAUGGUUCCAUUGACAUGAUCAGGAAAAUGCCGUCCUAUCAAACUAACAAAAGUAAAUAUUGCAAUCGCUAGAUCAACUGAAUUACAUAAUCUAUUAAAGUGAGAUAUGCUCUUGUCUACUGUUUCAACAGCAUCUAGGCCUACUUGCUGGCCUCCAUUGUACAUUUAUUUUUAUGGUGUAUGGAUCUUACACAUGCUCGUGCUAUCAUAGUAUAAAGGAGCUACCACAAACCAUUUUAAUCUUAUGGAAGAUAAAUGGUUAACUGAGUAUUUAAACGGGCAUGAAAUUACAAAGUAUUUACUAUUUAUAUUGCAUUGUCAGGUAAGUCCAGUUUGAACAUCGUGGUUGCAAGUUGCAACCAUGCGGGUCGCAGGAUGGGCUUGUAACUUACUCACAGGCUGAGGCUACCGUUAUUUUGAUAUAUUUGAAUAUGAAAACUAGUGGAUAAUAUCCACGGGCUACCCGUCCUCAUAAAUCCCUGGAGAUUGCCAGUAGUACCCGAUCGGCGCAGACACCCAAUCGACCGGCCGGCCCGACGCAUGCGCGGGCAUCUAUUGCCGUGUCAGGAAGUGUGUGCGUCUCUGAAAGUCUUCCGAGUUUCCCAUUCACCAGCAGAGGAGCCAAUGCAUAUUUUACAGCAUCCAUAGGCACCUCCGUAAAACGUGUAUUUCUUACUUUAUAUCUUCCGUAUAAGGAUGAAUACGACUAUAACGGAAACUCUGGGAAAUGUGGACCACCCGCGCGUACAGGACCACUGUGAGGAAGAUGUGAUGUCCUCAGUUGGAAUUUCCAGCCUGUCUGACGAAAUCCUACUAUGCAUCCUGAACUAUGUUCCUGUGUGUGACCUAUUACUAAACGUGGCACGUGUCUGCCGCAAGUUGCGUGUGCUUUGUCAGGAUAAGACCCUGCUGACACAUGUUUGUCUAUCAGAAGAAUACACGGCCAGUGAUCUAUCUUUCAGGCAUGUGCUGAAGCAACUAGCCAGUCAAGUGCAGUCGCUCAGUCUGAGUGGCUGCUAUUGGCUCUCUGGCUCCACCAUGGAGCAUCUUGCUCGCUGUCGGGCUAUCAAACGGCUGGACCUCACUGGUUGUCGUCUGACCUCCCUUCGACUCUCCCGCCUCCUGGAAUCCCUCUCCUGCCUCAAUUCGCUUGCUUUUGAUGUGGCCCCUGGUUUCAACUCGGCACAGCUGAGUUCUGAGGCUGUUGAUUUGCUGAGCCGCCUGUCAGAGCUGAGGCAGACACUCCUCACUCCCAGUUAUGGCGUGGUGCCCUGCUGCUCCCAGCUACGCAGAUUAGCACUACAGUUUGAUAUCCCAGACGUGACCAGAGAGGGCAUUGGUGUCUGCUGCCAGUUAAUGGUUGGCCAGAGUAGUGUGCCACAUUACCAGCAGCUGGAGGAAUUCAGUGCAAAACUGGCACCUGGAGAGGUAAACCAGACCCUGCUCCUUCUCUACCUAGCUGUGUUCAGCGUUCACGUCCCAGAGCGCCUGAGAGUCUUCCUGGUGUCUAUUCCCGGCCCCAAUCCUGCCCACUGGCCGGCCGCCACCCCGCUGGCCCACUGCUUGGGCAACCACAGCAGCCUGGAGGCACUGCAGCUCCCCCGCUCGUGGUGGGACUCCAUGUCGCUAGAGCGAGCGCUGCGGGGCAACAGCCCCAAGCACCUCAGCUUCAGCCGCUGCCCGGCGCUGUGGACGCAGGUCUUCCGGUCUCUGCUCGAGGGCGGGGUCCGAGACGCGGCGCGACUCGUCAGCCUCAAUCUGAGCGCGACCAGCCACAGCCUGUACCCGGAGAGCAGCGGGAUACGCGGGGGCGAGGAGCAGCUGGGCGCCGGGACGAUGAGCCGACUGGUGAGCGUCUGUUCAAAGCUCCAACACGUCAACCUGAUGCACAGACACUACCAUCACGAAAACACACCGGGACUCGACGGGGAGCCCCACCUCUGUGCCAGCUUGUCCCGACUGCAGCAUGUACGCUCCCUGGCGCUGCCCGCCUGCGCCCUCUCCGACGGAUGCAGCAGCCGCCACAGCACCGCUCACACAAGCCCCUCCUCGUCCCUGCUACGCGGCUUGAGGAAAGCUCCGCGGGUCGGUCUCCAAGUCUACAAGCCGUCCGAGUCCGAGCCAUCGUUACCCAGGGACAGCACCUCGGGGCUGGCGCAGCUGUUGUCCGGCUGCCCCUUGUUAGAAACCCUGGAGCUGAUCGGCCCCGGGUUCAUCUCCACGCUGCCCCGCCUGGAGCCGUGCACGCGGGCCUGCAUAGAGCCGCGCGGUAUGUGUGCCUGGGCCCGGUGCGUGGGAGACUCUCACGUGGCGGCGCUGCAGGUUCUGCCCAGGCUGCGGCGCCUGACGCUGGCGGGGCUGCCGGGGAUUCACAAAGGGACGGGGCUGAUCCCGGUGGCCAAGCACUGCCCAAAUCUCCAGGCUUUAUCCCUGGCUAACCUGGGCUGCCUGAAGACGAUGAAUUACACCGCGUCGCUGAUGGACACGCUGCGGCUGUGCACGCAGCUGCAGGAGCUCAGGUUAGAGCAGCCUUACCUGAGUGCCAACGCGUCGUUCUUUGAGGCUCUCUCCUGCUGUUCGCGUCUGAAACGCCUCUGCAUCAUUUCACGCAGUGGAACUUUUGACCCCGUUGCCACGGAAACCUUUGUUGCUCGCUGCCCCAGCCUUUGCGUGUGCCACAUAUUCAUGGGGGGGACCUUGGUGGCCUGUCGCACGCUACAGAAGGUGUUAAUCGACAGGUAUUCAGCUGCGCGGCCCGCCCUGAGUGUGGUCAUCUUCCCCCUGCAGCACGAGGACCUGGCACUGGUCAUCAGAGACACUCCGCUCACCCUCCUGGAUAAGAUAACGCUCUUCCAGAGCCGUGUGGCCCAGACCCCCCUCCUCGCGCCCUGGUGACACAUCUCUGUGACCUGCUCUCAGCAUGAAUGUGGUCAACAGCCAUUGCAGGCAUUUGAAUCGAUGCCCUGCCAUUAUUUAUAUAUAUAUAUAUAUAUACAUAUAUAUAUAUAUAAAAGAAUAGUUCCCAAUGGCUCAGAGAGUUUGAAAUGUGCACGGCUGAAUGACUUGAUUGUUACCUUUCAUGAUGAAGCAAACAAAGAAACCUUUAAGUUGCAGUGUAUUUCAGCUCAAAUGAUGCGUGGUUGGAAAUUUGUAAUGAUUUAGUGUUUAGGUUCAAGAAUUUUUUGGGACAAAACUUCUGCACAGCUGCUUGAGAAUUUUUUAUAUUAUAAAAUAAAAUUGAUGUCUCCUCAUUACUCGAGCAAUCUGUUGCAACAAAGUAUUUAUCUGCGAAUGAAAUGCACAUUAAAUGGCAAAUUAUAUGUUUAAGGUGCCAUAAUUAGGAAACACAGGAUACUUAUGUGUUUACGGACUACUUGAAUAGAUGUUGUAUACAACAUUGUAAUAAACUAUAAUAACUGACAUUGUCAAUGUUUCAGUCUUUUUUUUAACCUUUUGUCCUUGCAAUACAUUUUAGUAGAGUAAACAUGCAAUGUAAUGUAUGUUAUGAAAGAUGUUCACGUAUUUUAAGAACAGAAGAAAAAAUAAGCUUUAGCAGGAUUUGUGAUGCAUUUUAUUUCGAAAUUAAAGUAAAAUGCAUUAUGGAUAAAAAAUAUAUAAGAUCAAUAUAUUUUAAGUUACAUUUUACCCUGAUAGAGAAACCCUACAAUUUUCCUGACAAUUUUCCCUAUUUGUUCUCCCUCCAGUGCUCCA